AUGCCAUCUCUUCUCGAGGGCGCUGAGCAUGCGCAGCCUACCUCACGGAAGCCACUGACACUCCUCGUCGGCCUGUCAGGCCCUUCUUCAUCAGGCAAGACCACGCUCGCACGACUUCUACGUACCCUUUUCUCCCUCCCAGCUGCUGAAUCUGGAUAUGUCUCCCUUUCGCUCUUCAUCCUACACCAAGAUGACUUCUACCAUACCGAUGCCCUCAUACCACUCAUCACCACUCCAUCUAACGCCGCUUCCGGACUUGGUGCCCGGGAACUACAGGACUGGGACUGCGUGGAAAGCCUGGACUUAGACCUCACUAGCCGGACGUUACAAUUUGUGAAGAAUGAGGGCAGACUCCCAGUUAGGAGCACGAAUGAGUCGGAAGGAGACGGCGAGGACUGGGGCGAGAGCAAAGAAGAUCAGAACUCGGUUGGGCCUGUUGAUUUACCAGAGGGUCUCCUGGACGAUUUGCGGAAAGACUUGGAGCACUGGUGGGCGGGUCUGAGCAUCUUCUCUCCCGCCCCACAACCGCCGACAAGAACGAAGGAGCCGACCGACUUCCGCCUCUGCAUCCUCGACGGCUUCCUCCUCUACCCCGACCCAGCCUCCCCCAACCCGGACCUUCAGAGACUGCAAAACGGCGUCACGGGCCACCUCACUUUGAAGCUCAUGCUACUCGCGUCCCGAGAUCAAACGAUCACCCGCCGCACGAGACGGACAGGCUACGUCACCCUCGAGGGUUUCUGGGAGGAUCCGCCGGGCUACGUGGAGGACGUGGUCUGGCCGAACUACGUCAAGGACGCAGCUUGGUUAAUGCGAGGUGAUGGCGAUUGCUCGGCAGAGAGUAAGGCUAGCGCUGAGAGCAAGGAGCCAUCGAUGGUGGACGUCGAUGAGCGGGUUGCUGAGAGGGCGGGCAUCAAGGUAGCGCCGGGCAAAGGGCAAGUGGGACUGGGAGCGCUGCUGAAAUGGACUGUCGGAGAGCUCAGAGGGGCGGUCGAGGCGACUUUGACUGUUGGAGGGAAGGCUUGA